AUGGAGGAAGCAGUUGUUCCUGAACGUUUUACCGACGUUGCCGAUGAGCCUGAACAAACUCUUAUACCUCUCAAAGGAUAUGAAGAGUACGAUAUAGUUUCCAUUGAAGAAGCGCUGGAACCAGUUCACAAUUUACUUUAUAAUCUUGAUGCAAUGAUUCAUACGGCACGAAGAAAUAGUCGAAAACCAAAAGAUAACUUAACUGAAGAUGAAUCAGCUGCUAUUCAUUUAUAUACAAUGCAAUGGCCGAAACAACACUCAAGUUUAUAUAAAUUACUGAAUGAAAGACUUCGCUCGAUCGAUCGUGAAGGUCUCAAACCAUGGUUCCUUUAUUUAAGAUUAUUUCUAAAUGCAUUGUAUAAACUUCCAUCGCAGAAAAAAACCGUUUGGCGAGGCGUUCGAGGAAAUCUUUAUGAUCAAUACAAAGAAGAUCAAAUCUGGUGGGGAAUUGUAACUGUGACGACACUAACAGUGAAUACAUCCAACGAUAACGAAUAA